CGGUUCUCUCGGUGGAAACAGCUCUCCGAUCCACACUCAUUCGCAUUCUCACAAAAUCUCACCGUUUCCCGACUAAGAUUUCGAAUUCAAACCGUUCCUUCAGACCUUCCCUCAUUUUUUCCUCCUUUGCUCGAAAGCCUCUCACACCCACCAGUGUCAAGGAUAAGACGGGGAAAGAAGUCAGCAGCAUCCUUUGAACACCAAACACCACCAAAAAAGCCAAAGAAAAAAUCUCGGCUUUGUUCUUCCCACUUGAAAGUGUGUGUAUCUGAUAAAAAAACAGGCUUGUUCAAAUUUCAAAUAUCUGGUUCACACUCUGGGCGAAUUCCGAUCUGCUCCCUUCCUACCCGGUGCAAUGUGUGGUGGUGGUGUGUGACUAUGUAGCUCUUUGAGUCGUUUGUAAUCAUUGCAAGAAUUUUUAAGCCGAUUUGUCUCAACUCACUCAACUUGAAAGAAGAGAGACGCCUGGAAAAAAGAGAUUCUUCUUGGAUUCUAUUCUUGCUCCGGCGGCUGCAGAAACUUAACACAACGUUAUCCGGUUGCCAUUUUUAUCUGAUUCUGUGUUCCUUGUGAAAAGUUUAACUUUUAACUGUUCAAAGAUCUAAAGGACGUGAACGAAGGAAGGGAGGAAGCCACUCACUUCUUUUUUGGUAGUUGAUAGUACCAAGUAAGUUUGACUGGUGGUGUGAUGUUGUGACAUAAUCUCUUGUUCCUUCACGUUGGUUGUGCUCUCGGCUUUUCAUCCAUCCAGUCAGAAUUAUUUAGCUCAUUUGUCAACCAACUCAACCUUAUUGGGCUGAUGGAAAGUUGCAUCAAGGAAUUUGGUGGUGCAAAAAGGGACAAGUCCGUACCUAUUAAAUUUACGAGUACAAUGUCAUAUGAUAAUUGCGUGAGGGAAAAAAUUCUCCAAUCCAAUCUUGGAAAAUGAGCGAGGGUUAAGGUUGGUUUGUAAGUAAUCCGUCUCAUACAGGAAAAAAGUGAUGACAUCAUAAGAUUAGAUAGAUUCAGAGACUUAUUUCUUCCCAUUUUUCUCGCAUCGACCCGAAAUCAUCGUUUCAUGUGAAAAUUACUUUCCUUUAUCAACCCCAUCCUUAUGAUACGAUACGACACACAUCCAGCGCACACCUUCCAGUGAAGUGAAAGCACGACAACAUUGACACAGCCAAAAAGUUUUGAUGUAAGGAACAAGCUACGGACGAAGUGCUUUUAUCCCUUGAAAUUGGAAAAUUCGACUUUGGAGAAAGUGACACGACUUGAAAUUGUGUAGAAGAAGAAAGAAACAGAAAAUCCCUCAAAUGUGAAAUUUCUGUUUGCACAUAAGAUUCUCCUCGACUGGAAAAUUGUAUGUGUGAAUGAAUCCACACAACUUUAGUGAUGUUGCGUGCAAUUUGACAACGUUUCCUUCGCAGCAGUGCAUUAACUUGGAAGGAGUUUCCACUUUACGGAUAAAAUAGAACAAUUGGGAAAGGCGACACAAAUUUUGUCUGUGUAAUAACUCCCUGCAUACAAGAAUAACUAGAAUAAUUGGCUACCGUUAUAGCGUAUUAAAUAUUGAACUUGAUUGCAUGUAGUGAUAAAUACGUUCAAAUAAUCAGUCAGAAUCACCAAGAUACUUUAUCAGAAAACCUAUCUGCGUGGUGCAGACGUCGUCUCGAGAAUUCAUGCAAGUGGGACAAAUCGAUCUGCAAAAUCCAGCAGAGUUUCAAAUCAAGAGUUCAUGAAUCUUUAAACUUUUCAAGUUUCUGACUUCAAUCAGCCGUGUCAAGUAGAUUGUUGUUCAUAGUUUGUUUGUUGUCUUGUCGGCUGAUGGGUGACAACCAGACGAAGAAAUGGAGACGAACAGCAAGAUAAACGUGACUGCAUUGUAAACGAAGCACAGCGGAGGCAUUGUGGCUACAGCAUUUUCGAUUGUUUGUACCUACAUAGAUUCGUGCACAUUAUUGGGUGCAAAAUGUAACUACAUGUCAUUUUCCAUCAGUGGAGAACGGCUUUGCGGACAUAGGACACAGUUCAUUUAAUGAAUCAAUUGAUUAAAUUUCCCAUCGUGCCCAAUAAUUUAAUAAUACUAAUACAGAUCCAUUAAACCCACAGCGGACAACGUAUAAUCGUACAUUUACCUCAAAUAACGACCGUCAAAUCAAUUUCAACUUUUUAUUGUUUUUCUGAAUUUUAUACCCACGAACCGUCAAUUGGAGCGAAUUAUUUAUUUUGUGCAUGGGCGUAUAUUCUCUGUCAGUUGCCCAUUACAGCAAAAAACGGAGCCUAAUGGCAUCCAACAGUUGUACUGUCAUAAAAUGAUAGGAAAUUUGUAGGCUAGUGUGUGGUGUCUUGAAAAUUAACUUGAUUCAAUAAUUCAUUCUGGACUAGUGGGGAUUUACUGCUCUAGUUCUUCACAUGAAGAUUAUUAAGAAUUAAGUGGAGUGGAGUAAUUAGAUAAUUGUCACAAGACAGACAUACACACGCGAGGUGACGGAGAAAGAGAAAAUGACGCAAAUGUGCUACAAGGCUCAGUGCUGUAGGAACUUGAUGGAGGUCCUCAAAAGUCUCAGGUGGAUUUUUCUCCUCAUCGUCCUCACCGACAGUGUGAUAGGGCACGUCUCGGACGGAUCCAAUCCUCUGACCAAGAAAGACGCCGGGAUCACGUCGAUAGCCAAGAGUGAUGUCUAUUCUAAAUCCGUCCCUCCAAAUACGAGCACAUCAUCUUCAGCCACCACUCCCAUCGAGCUGAGGGACUCACAGUUCACAAAGCUCGUCCCUUUCAACAACAAUGGCAGCCAUCUCUCAGCCAACAGCACCUUCAACGUGGACCCCGAAGUGGAAGAAGCUGCCAAAAUCCUAGAAUUGCAGAGACAGGGGCUUCCUUGGAUUGACAAGGCUGCUUCGCCUAAUGUGACUGCCCUUUUAGGGAAAACGGCUUAUCUUAAUUGCAGAGUUAAGAACCUGGCUGAUAAGACUUUGUCGUGGGUGCGUCAUAGAGAUAUCCACUUGCUUACAGUUGGACGUUACACUUACACUACGGACCAACGAUUUCGUUCCAUUCACACGCCGCACACCGAUGAAUGGACAUUACAAAUUAGAUAUCCCCAGCUACGGGACAAAGGGAUUUACGAAUGUCAGGUAUCUGCAACGCCUACCCAGAGACAUUUUAUUCACCUCACUGUUGUCGAGCCGGUAACGGAAGUUGCAGGAGGUCCAGAUCUGUAUAUCGACCGUGGGAGCACAAUCAAUUUAACGUGUACGGUUAAAUACUCGCCCGAGCCACCUCACUAUAUCAUUUGGAAUCACAACAAUGCUAUAAUAAGUUACAGUUCACCUCGCGGCGGAGUCAGCGUCGUUACGGAGAAGGGUGAGACGACCGUGAGCCAUCUUCUGAUUUUGAUGGCUAAAAAUGCGGAUUCAGGUAGAUAUUCGUGUUCACCGAGUAAUGCUGCGCCCCACGGAGUCAAUGUGCACGUGCUGUCAGGUGAAAAGCCUGAAGCAAUGCAAACCGGUGGACAGAUGCCACAGCAAAUCCCAGUCAGUUUGUGUCUCUUGUCUACUGCCAUUCUGCUCAUGAUAUAUUAACCGACUGGGACAGCGACCCUCUUACUUUACAUACUUUUUUGAUACAACUAAAUUACUAAACAAUUAAUAAUGCGGAAGAAGACUUCAUAUCGUUCAACUCAAAGUUUACGUUAAGGAUGCUCCACAGAGGUGGAACGCCAGGAGCCGUAAGUAAGCAAGUCAUCCCACUCGGUUUGUGUCAACUAUAUCAGUCAUCGUCCUUUCAUAAUAUAAUUUCGUGCUGCAAACACAUACAAAACUUGACGGCGUGCGUCUACAUAAUUUUUAUAUCCAAACAAGCUAUUAUACAAUAACGUCAGUUUGAAGGCUACAUAUUAAACAUACUUUCGUUAUGUCCUGUCCAAUCAUAGAAAAAAUGGACAACGACAACUAUCACAAUGUACGUAUUGUUUUAUAAAAUACCUAAAAUUGAUAUGAUCAUCAGAAAAAUAACUUCUGACAUCAAAUCCAUUACCGAGGCCAUUACCGCACAAUGGAAAGCAUUACCUGCAAUGUAUGUACACAACAACACCAAGAGUUGUCACCAAGACAUCACGCCAUUGUCGUCUGAGAUCAUUCUAACAAUGGACACCCGACAAAAUAGUGUUCCAAAUUACCCAAAUCUGCUGGAUUCUUAUGUUUCUACAUAAUAAUUAUUUAUAACGAAAGACAAUGAUAAUCCAUAUUAUUUCAUAUUAAACCGUAUCACUGUUGGAGAGCCAUAUCUCCUCCGAUAUUAAAGUUCAGAAAUACACAAACUAUUUAAAACGGCAAAGUAAAGGACGAUGUCAACUGACAAAAUUUUGCUGAUUGACACGUGCUGCUGCUCUUACAGAAUUUCAAAUCUUGUGUUAAGACACUAACAUUGCGAAGGGAUAAGUUCAACGACUCAAUAUUGUCAUUGUUUGUGUAUUGUUCUUACUACUGGAGUGACAAUCUGGAACAAAAAGGUUUCAACAAAACAUGUAGAAUGUGACAUUUUGAAUCAUCGCACAUAUUUCUUGAAAACGGAUGGAUGAGGCCCUCCUACCUGAAAUGAACUCGUAGGGAAGAAGACGAUGACAAGGAGCAUUCUACUCGUAAUACUUAUCAUGACAUCUUCAGCCGGUGCGUACAUCAAUUUGACGUCUGAAGAGAACAUGGCAUUUGUAAUAAUAUAUACGAAGUGUCGGCAAGAAUUGACAGUUUGGAAAGCUGGUAGACUUUCUUUCUCUCAUCCGCUUCUGGGGAGAAAUAUUUCCAUUAUUUGCAGUUUUACUUUGAAGUUCUUAAUUCUGAUAAGCGCAUUCUUGAUAUUUUUAGCAGCAAUGUCAUCAAUUCGAAUGGAUUUUUUUAUUUCACACUAAAACCGGUGUGUGGUGCUAAAUGUUUAUCAAGAAAGAAUCAGAACUUGAACUAUCUAUGCAUAAGUAGCUUUAGUUCUACGUACUUAACACAGGAAAAUUAAGGUAGCAAAUAGUCUCAGCACAUUAUGCGAUAACCAACAAACAAAAUUGUUGACGCUUGCUGAUUCAAGGCUCAAGUUCAAGGUGAAUAAUGUGAAAGUGCUGAUAAGGGAAAUAUAUAAGCAGACGCAGUGGAGCUACAAGAACGUGUCCUGAUUUGGUUCAUCUCACGCAAAUAAUUCACUAACUAUGUGGCGAAACCUCAUUAAAUUAGAGGAACUAGCAAAACUGGGGAAGAAGCACUCCAAUGAACUUUAUAAACACAUACACCAAAAACCAAUUAAAUCAGUGAACCAUAAAAAUAAGUAAUAAUAGUAAUCUGUAAUUUUCGUGACUUUAAAUCCGUUUCUACACCCUGCAAAUAAUACUAUGCACCAUCGAUCUAUCUAUCAGUUUAAAUUGACAAUUUGUGAACAUCAGGUGCUAAUUUGAAGGCAAAUUAUUUUAUAAAGUGCUAUUUACUACAUAAAGAAGAUGUACAAAAAUAUUUACAAGCUUAAAGAUAAAUGUAGUUAAAUACGAAUCCAAAUAAAAUAUAUGUAGAUACGAAAAGUUAUGUAGUGAUAAAUUUAGCUAAAAUUCAAGAUCUGUGAAACCUAGUCUCAAUAAUUGAACGUUUGUAUAAAUCUGAAACCCUCAAUCAGGGAAAAAAAUUCAACGCAUAUACAUAGUUUUAAAUUUAAUUAUGUUAUGCUUUAGGUAUGACCAUGAUUUUCUGUAAUCAGUAGCAGGCUAGAUAAAUUCACGGAAUCGCCACAUGAACACAUUAAUUUCUACAUUCAAUACCUGCCUAUGCAGAUAUAUUGGGGAUAAUUUUACCAUAAUUGUCCGUGUCGUGUUCAAUGGUCUCCGGAGGGAAGAAAUUAGUGUCACACCAACCGAAACCAAAGUAAAGCUAAUCACUUCUGCCCAAAUAAACUAUAUGUACGCUUCUAGAUAGAAGUUUGCGUGUGCUGCGUUUUGCCAUUUAGUUUGUCAUCCUAUCGUCGUGGUUGGGUGAGUUCGGUGAAUAAUUUAUGCACAAAUCAGUAAUGAGACAAUGUUUUAAUCAUGUUUUAAUCAUGUCAGUUAUCAUUAACCAGUGUCUGUUAAUUAGAGAGAGAUUUCAAACCAAACCUGAUUGAUUUUGUCCCAAAUUAAAGCUAUCAAAUUGUUAAUUAGAUGAACGAACGGACACUGGAUGUACCAUUAAUUUCUACACAUUCAAAAUAUCUCUGCAACACAUCCGUCAACAUAUUGGCAACACGUCAAUUAAUCGUAAAAAUGUGUAAUAAUACAGUGGCAGCCACUACCUAGUAAAUAAUUUAAAAUCGGAAUCUGGUUAAUUAGGUAAUUAUGAAUGGGGGCGUGAUUGUUUGUACAAUUUCGAAUGAGAUUAUUUCAGUGAUAAAAAUUAACGUCGAUGUUGAAAACCUUAAUGUACGAUGAUAUACUUUUAUUUAUUUACAUAUUUACAUAUGAUAAAUAUGUAAUUCUAAAGAGUAAGUUCAUGACGGGUAAUGUAACAAACACUAAUCCUAGCUAGUUUGCGUCAAAAAUUAAUACUUGUAUUUAAUCUACCUCUCUACUUGACCCUUAUGCUAUAUGGGGAUUAUGUAAACAUAAAUUUACAUGUAUCUAUCGUUACAUAGCUAUAUAUGUAACAUAAUCUUAAACCGAACCUUAAUUCAGACUCAUCCAAUCACACAAAUUCUGUGAAAAAACUCCAUGAGAACAUCAGCGCUGCUGCAGAGAACGUUCAAAAGCAGGACUGCUCCAAGGUUUGACAAGUGACAAGGCAGCAUCGAGGGAGCCUACACUUGAAGCAACGAAGAGAAGGAACGAAGCCACUUUCAAGAAGAAUUUCACCUCAACGGGACCAUGAAAGUGGAUGACUACCCAAAACCCAAACUGAUGAAUUGAGGAGAAAGUGUCAUCGUCAGUUUGACCAUUUCCCACAAAGAAGAAGUAUCUCUCGGACUGUCGGAAACCCCAAAUUAUAAAAAGCCCUUCCAGUCCACAAAGUUGUGUCUCCACCAUGCGAGCCACUUCUUUCUCCCAAAAGUGAAUAAAAUUUCGACUCCCUAGAUAACAUCGCACAGCUUCACCAACCUCAUUACCAGGGAGCCCAAUGAAUUUAAAUAUUUCCAUGUCCUCCCCUCCUCAUGCUCGAUGAUGGUGCGUGGUGGUUUGCAAUGCAUUGCCCACCGAGGAGACCAGUGGAAUAAAAUAAAAUAAAAUUACAACUCUUCUUCUCAUCCCACCCAAAAUUUGGUGCAGAAAAGAAGUGCGGAAAAGUGUGUGUGUGGAAGAAAGUUGUCUCGGUCUUCGUAUUUAAAAGUAGGUCCCAAGUCGCGGACAAGGAAGAAAGAAGAAAUCGGCUCAGUCUCCAGUGGAGUUGAGGCAGGAAAAGAGCUUGGGCUCUGGGUAAUAAAAUCGAAUGGAAUAGGGCUCUUAAAUCAUUAUGUAAUUGAUGUUUACAAUUUAUCAUGGAAACUGAGGCAGGUAAAGGGUAAAUGUAUACACAAAGUCUAUAUUAAUAUGAUGUAUUGCGUCAAUAAGUUAACUCAUUUCAUUCAUAGUGUCCUCUCUAUGUACAUAAGUGUAAAUAUUAAAUAUCUAACUACAUGUUCCACUAAAGGAAAAAAGAGGAGGAGGUCGUCUAUGUAGCUUUAUAGAAACCACUAUCUUAACGCUAGAGAAUUAUGCUUGGUUGGUAGACGGAGGAUCGAGCACUAAAGAUACCAAAAAUUACUGCAGCCACAUUUGUCUGAACUAUGGAUAUAAGUAAAUACAUUAUAUAUACAAAUAUAGCGAUCAUAUAAGCUACGACUAAUAAUAAAUAGGCUACUGAUUAUGAUAAGAUAAUGCGUAUGUGUGAUCAUGAUAGCUUACACGUUAUAAAUUACUUAUACCCAGAGUUAACUUUGCAGAAGAACACUCCACGUCUACCCUGCAUACCUACAUAAGUAAGUACAUAUGUAUUCCUCUACAUCUAGCUAUACAAUGCCAAGCGGAACCGUUACAUGUAUGUAAUAAUAGAAAACUAUUACACUGUAUGAAAUAAAUAAUUUAUUAUUACGUGUACCUCCUCCGCUGUAUGCAUUUCAUUGUUCUUUUUUGGCUCGUGUCUCUGUCUUGUCAUCUUGAUAUAAGAAUAAAAGAAGAUAAGAUGUAAAGUAUGGAGUCUCUCGGUUGAAUUGAAUAAAAGCCAAAGUGAUGAUCA